CUAAAAUGACUGACUUCACCGGUAAAUUCAAGCAGACUUCAUCUGAAAACCGAGAUGCCCUGUUCAAAGUACUCGGUUUCCCCGACGAUGUGAUCAAUCGUGUAAAGAUUCAGACGUCGGAUGUAGAGAUCACUAAAGAUGGCAAUAAUUACACCAUUAAAACGGUGACCCCUUAUAAAACCUGGGUGAAUACAUUUGAAUUGGGAGUGGAGUUUGAAAGGACCCGGUAUGGGAUCGCCAAUGCUAAGUCAGUGGUGGUGGCGGUGGGCAAUCAACUCAUUGAGACAAUCAAAGGGGAAAAGGAGAUGAAUAUUGUGCGAAAGUUUUGUGAUAAUGAACUACUGGUGACCAUUACUUCAGGACCCGUGGUUUCUGUCGCAACAUAUGUCCGACAAUAG